AGAGAGAGAGGGGGGGGCGGGCGGGCACUGGAUCAGCGCCAUCCCACCUCGGAAAUACCAACCAGGUGCUGCAGCUCCUUCCUGCCCUAUUCUUUGCUCCUCCCCUCGGGCUUUCCUCACGGAGCUCCAUCGUUGCGAUGUGACGGAGAGAAAACCCGCAGUGAACACCAGCGAUGUCCAGCCAGUGAGUGAGACAGUGAGACCCUCAGCCUCUGUCAGCUCCCCGGGCUCGCAUGGCUCUCGGUCAGACGGCCGGACAAUUCUCCUCCGCUCUUUAGUGCUCCUGCCCAGGAUCCCCGCAGCAACUCUCCGCCGCUCCAGAUGGCUGGACACGAGUGGGAGGACUGGUUCGAACGUGAGGAAUUCAUCGGGCAGAUCAGCGACAUCCGAGUGCAGAACCUGCAAGUGGAAAGAGAGCUGGUUCAGAAGAGGACCUUCACCCGAUGGAUGAACCUACAUUUAGAAAAGUGUGACCCGCCCAUUGAGGUCCAUGACCUUUUCCGGGACAUACAGGAUGGGCACAUCCUCAUGGCCCUGCUGGGAGAACUCUCCGGCUGCAAGCUGCUUCACGGGUUCAAGAGGUCCUCCCAUCGUAUUUUCAGACUCAACAACAUCGCCAAGGUCCUGUCUUUCCUGGAGGAAAGAAACGUGAAGCUAGUCAGUAUCGAUGCAGCCGACGUCGCUGAUGGAAACUCCUCUAUUGUCUUGGGACUGAUCUGGAACAUCAUCCUCUUCUUCCAGAUUAAGGAGCUUACUGGGAACAUCAGGAGCCAGUUCCCCUCUUCCUCCAGCCUUUCGUCCAUCCCCACCAGCUCUGACUCCGACACGUCCUACUGCAGCACGCCGUCAGAUGAGAGACAGUCGGCAUCCAUGGCCAUGCGAGAACACAGCAAGGCCAUCAAAAAGCUGCUACAGUGGGUGCAGAAGCGAACACGCAAGUAUAGUGUGGCAGUGAAGGACUUUGGGAAGAGCUGGACAAGUGGUCUGGCCUUCUUGGCUGUCAUUAAGUCCAUUGACCCCAGCCUGGUGGACAUGAGGAAGGCACUGCUGAGGACCGCCAAGGAGAAUCUGGAGGACGGCUUCAGAAUAGCCCACUACAGCCUGGGUAUCCCACGCUUACUGGAGCCUGAGGAUGUGACUAUCAAUGCACCAGAUGAGCAAUCCAUCAUGACGUAUGUGUCACAGUUCCUGGAGCACUUCCCUGGCAUAGAGGAACCGGAGGAGCCCGUCCAGCUGAUCGAACGAAGUGUCUCCAUGAGCCGACUGAACUUCCACGACAGUGACUCCAACCACAUAAGGAAUAGCAUCCACCGAAGCAGAGUGAAGGAGAGGUCCUACAUGUUCCAGAGGCUCUGUACCCAACCGCCACCCAAAAUCUUAAUUUCCUCUGUGUCAGAGGAUCGGAGCGCCAUGUCACCCACCUUUAGGCCGGCUGCAGCUCGCUCGUGGUCCAGUGAAGACAUCUUAGCAGAUCCCCCCCACAUGGAAGACAUCUCCAGCAGUGCGGUUGAAGACCCCAAAGGAUCUGCUAGUGAGGUCCCUAACAACUCAACCUCUAACUCCCCACAAUUGUCUUACACUCACUCGCCCACAGGCUCAUCAAUGCCUGACUCUGUAACCACUGAGUCAAUAAUUGGCGACUCGGCAAUCAGCUCACCGGACUCCUGGGUGGAGAGCGAGUUUGGGGUGAUGCCAGAGAAGUUUUGUGAAAGCCGAAGUGACAGUUCUUUGUGUGGCAGUGGAACAGCCUGGGAUGUGUAUCGUGCCACCCCUGUGGAGGUCACUACUGUUGAUGAAGGAUGUGUCCUAUCCAUGGAGGAUAGAGCCCCUGAUGAGCAGGCUAUUACUGAGUCGUGUAUCGAUGAAGGAAUUUACUCACUGAGCUCAUUGGAGAGCACCCAGGAGAAAAGUCGAGGGCAUUUUGAGAAAAAACAAACGGAAGUAGUGAAAGAGAAAGAGGUGAACCUUGAGAAGUACAACCAGGACAUAGCGCUAGAACAGGUACCUGAUCAUAGCAAAGCUGAGAUUACAGAAGAUGUAGAGUCUAAACAGACCGAUACAAGUCAGAGCAGAGAGCAAAAACCUUCUUUAGGACUGUGCAAUGCAGAGGAACUGACCAACUCAGGGGGGGAAAAUCUCUAUGAAACUGAUCAAUCUAACCAAUCGCAACUAAACAAAACCAGUGUUGAAGAGAGAACUGCGGUCUUCAUUGGGGGUGCAAGGGACCUGAAAGAACAAAUUGCUGGUCAAACUGAAAGUCAGAAUGAGAGAGAUAACUGUGAGGAGUUUGAAGUGGAAACUGGAUGUCAGGAAAAAGACUCUUUGUCCGAGGUGACAAGAGGGGAGUCAAGAGAAGAGUCUGUGAUUUUAAAGGAAAGGGGUGACGAUGUUGAAGAAACACAAGAUGAAGCAAGUGAAGGAGUUCUAAGAGACGACCUACAUGCUCAAAAAAGCUUUAGCUCAGAGACACAUCCAACCAACCAAGACAGAGCUUCAGAAACAAGUCUGGACCCAAGCCCUGGCAUAAAUGUCCCUCUGAUCUCUGCUUCCAGUGAGCCAGAACAACAGGAUGCAGAGGGAAUAUGUGACCCAGAAAGACAAGCUCAUGCUGGGCACGAUGAUGUACAUCAGCCAGAGGGAACUGACACAGAUGUCAACUGCCCUCAAAAUCGACAUGAAUUGAGCAGUGACUCCAAUGACUAUGUUGAGAUUCCAUCCUGUCUGGUAUCAGAACAUGAUAAAUCAACAGCUUCAGAUCAAAUAAAUGACAUAGAAAGCAGACAUUUGGAUGAACAUGACACCAGCAGAUCACUGAAUUCAGACAUAAGCGAGCCAGACACGAGAGGUAAAAUGGCUAUAAGUGAAGCCAAACAGGAAUGUGAGAGUCCCCACCAUGACUCUCAGACAGGUAAAACUGAGAAGGACUCGACUUCUCAGACUUCCUCUCCGGAUGCGACAUCUCAACCUGUGAAUACUGAGCAGGAAAUAGAUUCAACUGAUCAACAGGAUGGACACAAGAGUUAUACAGACAUUGAUCAAAGUCCUCACACAGAGGAUGUAGUUGGUGACUCCAUCGAACCCAUGGAUCUGUUCUACCCUGACAAAGAGGAGCCCAUGUUUGUAGAGCCACCCGAUACUGAAAUGCAGAGUUGGCCUUCAGUUUUGAGUGUAUCUGCUCUCCAGCCAGCUCCUGCUUCAGAGACUCAACCUGACCAACCCCUCAGCCUGCUGGGUGAAGACUUCAGGAAUGGAGUGGAUUCGAUACAAGAGAAUGACAAGGUGAUCACAAAGACCAACCAGGAGACUCACAGAGCAUCUCAAUCCCAGGAUCUCUGUUUGUUGCCCGGGGAGAAGACAGGAGGACUCUGGGGUGAUGAUGCUCCAGCAGACGGCAAUGAUCUCAGUGAGGCCGAGCAGCAGAGCUCAGGCUCUGCCAGGGAAAACACAGAGCCUGUGAGGAGUGACAGUAAAAGUUCCAGCAGACAGGAUGAAAGCCAGAUCCCUCCAGUUCUCCGUCACAGAAAGGGGGCUCGCUUCACCGAGUCCACGGACAAUCAGACAGCUGUCACUGCAGCGACCAGAAGAGCUGACAACGGUGACUCUGAUUCUUGGUGCAGUGAGAGCUGGGAGCUCUACGUGCUGCUGCUGCUCUGGCUGCUGCUCUACUGCUUCUGGCUGCUGCCACAGAUGGACCUGAAGACACUGCCCAGCCUGCUGCUGAACCUCGAUCCCUGAACACACACUCACUCACAAAUACACACACACACACACACACACACACACACACACACACGCACAGGGGCGAAAAAUAGAAUUUUGUCAAUUACAUAAAAAUGUAAUGCACCACCACCAAAACCAACACACACACAUACAGCUCAACUGCCACUCCUCUUUCCUCUCCAUCACACUGACUGUACUCCAGACCAAGUGAAGGCAUUUAAGAUGUGUAUUUCAAACUAUAGAGCUUCGUUUUAGCUUUUUGCUUUUUAGCUUUCGAUGUGGUUUGAAGUGAUCUGUAUUACAAUGUAUUCGGGCCACUGCUAGGGAAAUAUGAAGAGAUUUUGAGGAAUAACUCAUAUUUUUUGAAUAAAAUUGUAAUUUUACAAGAUAAAAAGUCAUAAUAUAUCGAGAAUAAAGUUGUACGAUUUGGAGAGUUAAGUUGUAAACUUACAGAUAAAAGUCGCAUUAAAAGAAAAACUACAAAUCAGGCUGUAAUUUCAUGAGGAAAGUAUUUUGAGAUACGUUAGUGUUAUUAAAAUAAAUGUACAAUUAUUUUUGUGUAUUUUUUAUUCAUUUGAAUACAAACAAAUAUUAUGAACUUAGUUAUAAGAUAUCCAAAGACCGUAAUAAAUAACCAGAACCAA